CUUCGGCAAGCAAAAACUGAUUUUGAUUGUGGUUGUCAGCGAAGUGGCGAUGAGGUUGUUGAGAAAGUCAUCCGCCUGAUGACGGAAGAGAUAGCCAGGGCUUAUCACCAGCACAUGAUAGCAAAACUGCAAUUGUAUUGGGAGCGGCUCUGCACUCAGGUUGGCCGCCAUGUACUGCCUUGCCUUCAGCGUCUGGAACAGGCCAAACAGGAAUCAGCAGCACAAGUCGGCCGUAUUAUCACUGCACACACGAUAUUGGAGAUCUAUGAUGAAGCUUGGGGCGCCUAUAUCCUGAUUCACCCUCUAUCCACCAGUGAAUAUUUGCCACCAAAUGUCACUUGUUGGAUGGCAACAAGAAAGUAUAUUCCACCCAAUGAUAGUUGGUCUGAAUCUGUAUUUCGGCGUCUCUUUGACUGCGAGAAUAUCGCAUCUUGGACUGGUGUUUUCUUCCUUGAUCUUUAUCAGAAGUUUAAAGGACUCUGGGGAUUAGUUAAGAGCCAUAUAAAUCCAUUUGAGGAUUACUUUAGUCGCGCUAUUGGAAGAUACAUCCUAGUCACGUUCAACAGCGAUUCAAGUAAAGACCUUACUACAGAUCGGAGACUUGGAACUAGGGCAAAGGAGAAAAACCGCAUUUGCGAACAAGCCAUGGAGUGCCUGAUUGAUCUUGUUGGGCCUAGGUGGAGUUACCGAGGAAAGAUAGCGCUUGUAUUGCCUUGGCGGUUUUCUGAUUCGAUCAUCGGUGCUGAGCGGCAUCAGGACUAUCUAUGCCUUCCCAUUCUAGUGAUAUCUAGUUGCCUGCUAAGUAUUCCUAGUCGGCCUACUAUUAUCCUACUGUCUCGCCAUAAUAUUAUGGCCCUUAUCGAAGCCAUUACGUCUUUUCCCCAAAUCAACCAAGAAAUCCUUCAGAGAGCCAAAUAG